CAUGUGCGAUAUAAUAUGUAUACAAAUUUUACAUUAUGUUAUUUCAUUUACAUUUGUUCUAUAAUUUCUAUCAAACAUGAUAUUUCUUUUGUUUAAAAUCGACGUUAUUCUUUUGUGUAACGCCCUUUAACUGUCCAAUCAGAACGAGGCGAUGGUAUCACUCGGGUCAAAGCCUAUAUAAAUUGUUAUCACGUUGAUCAGCUGAGCAGACAUUUGUAGUAAUUUGUAGUGCAAGUGUGACUUGUGACACAAGUUAUUUGUCGUGAAUAAACUUGUAAAAUUGUAUAAUAUGAUUAUUAGAAAAAAUAUACAUUGAAGAAAAAUGCAUGUCUUUCAAUUAUUUCAAAUGUGAUUGCAUUUAGAAAGUUAUCGGAAUGUAUUAAUCAGAUUGUAGUUCAAGCGCGAUGAUUGAUAAUAGAAUUUUUUUAUAUUUUAAGAAUGUUAUGCGAUUAUGUCGCUUGAAUUGUAUCUAAAUUUCUGUUCCGCAAAUAUCAAAGAGUGGUAUAUUUAUUGCGCUUCGUAAGCGCCGAUAGUAUUUCGGAAAUUAAGAAUGGAACGAAAUGGCGCGAGGGAAAUGGAAGAACGAAUGUGUAUAAGAGAUACUGGCAGAACAUUAAAAAAGUAUGGCAGUACAGCCAAACAUAUUACACGACCUGAAAAUUUAAUAAAACACACGGUAUCAACAACUGAUACACUUCAAGGAAUUGCUCUAAAAUAUGGAGUUACAACCGAACAAAUAAGAAGGGUCAAUAGAUUAUGGGCUUCUGAUAGUUUAUUCUUAAGGGAACACUUACUUAUCCCUGUUAAUCCAGAGAGCCCUUUGUCCUUACCUACCGACAAUACAAAUGAAACUGAACAUAACGAAGUUCAAACUGUUUCUAGUCCAUCUUCGAUCACAUCAUCUAUAGAUGAUGACAGUUCAGUUAAUGAUUUUUUAGCUAAAAUGGAUUCUUCUAUAGCUAGUGCAAAAAGGGAAGUUAAACGAACUCAGGGGAAUAAUUUUGCAUCGAGGGUAACGAUGCCUAUGUACAGCGGCAUAGAGUGUCUACUAACCUACGUAACUCCUUUCCUAUGGCAUCAAAUACACAUGCGAUAUCAUCCACUUUAGAGCCAUUAAGACCAUCGUCUUCUAGUGAUAUGCAUAACUUUCCAACUGCUGUAGUUAUGACUCAGGGUAGAAAAGUGAAGACAUCUUUACAAAGACUUCAACAACAACAAGAUGAAAUAUUUCAGUUGUAGCAACUAAAUAUUAUUGGACUGUAACAUGUUCAAAAUUAUCCAGUGUCAUUAAAGAGCUUGAAGAAAAAAAUAUAUUGGAUACUGAAUA